AGCCGAAUCCAAUCGCUUGUUCUUGUGCCCGUAAUCCUAACAGCAAAUGAGUGGAGAUGUAAGAAAGAUGAACAGGGAAUAAGAAAGAGUAGAUAAGAAGUUGGUACGACGUGUUCAGAUUUUAGCGAAACGUAAUUCAUUAAGUUGUCCAUAAGACGUGAGCUCGGGUGAAAGGAGCGGGGGUAGAAGAAGGAAAGAUGGAAGUUUGGCGCAACGCAACGCGACUGAACUUCAACGCAGACCGACCUUAUCGAUUGGUGGCAGUGUGGCGGGGUGCGUCGGUCAGUGUGCCUGCUUGAUUAUAGUCGGUGUACUUUCUAUUCACUUCUAAUUUUUUUUUACAACAGAACUAUAAACAAUUUUUUUUAUCUUCUGUGGCCUUUAGUUGUGUUGAUCAAAUACGCAGAAUUUCUCAUGAUUGGUUCAUUUUGGAACUUGUGCAGAACGUGUCCUUCAAUGCCAGUUGAUAAGCUUCACUCGGAGUACAGGAGCACGUACAGAUGGCACGAAUACAUGGGCCAGGAAGUUGUCCGUAGACCCCCGCAACCCUCCACAGGUGGCAAUCCUUCGAAACUUCAAACCGCGAAGUCUGUAGAGGACGAAAGUCAUCCAGUGCCGAGGUUCGAACCGGCUUUACCCCGCAGAAAGAAGCACCCCGAAUUGGCCUACAAGACGCAUGAGUUUAUGGCGAUGUCUGAAGCAGGCGGAUCGGAUGACUCCUUGGAAUCUGCAGUUACGUUCGAUCGUGCCAGGUCCGAGGAACGAGGUGGGGCCCACACAAGGCCCUCUCGUCGCAGCAAGUCCGAGGGUCCCCCAACAGGCACUUCCGCUGGGGUCCCGUCUGGACCUGCUUUAUCGGAGUACCGCUUACAAUAUAUGAAUAUGUCUAGCCCCCCACCCCGGGCGGUGAGAAGUGACUCGGACCCCUGCGUUGACGAAGAAAUGGCUGAGAAGGACGAAGAACUUAAAAAGGACAUUCCACGUUCAAGAAAAGAUUACCUCAUAAGACACCAUCUGGAACGCACCACUGGUGCAGUUGAUGGAGCUUUGUUGCCCUCUCCAACUCGAGAGAAACUUGAGCCAGUUACACCUCGCCAGAAGGAGGAAGAUCUUCCUAAGAGUCCCCAAAAAGCCAGCCCUAAAAGUAGCCCCAGAUCAGCUCGUUCACAAUCAGUGGGCCUGGCUGGCGAUAAUCGUUCCCCAAAACGUCAACCUAGAACUCCGUUGGCAGCAGCUACUCAGCCAAGUAAGGUGAACGGACCCGUGCAAACUGAGCGCCGACCUCGUCCCACCUCCUUAUCUACUACCGGUCCUUCCCGUCCGAAAAGUAGCUCUGUUCCCUUAAAAGCUGAAGAAGGCAAAUCCCACCAUGCCACGAAACCUAAACCUGCCAAAUCGGUGAAUGGGGUGCAGGGAGCUAAGGUCAGAGGCGGCAGGACCAAAGUCGCAGAACAAAGAGGUACUAGUGGCACAGCCCCCUGUCAAGAUGAGCUUGAUUCAGACCGGCAGCUUAACAAAGAGGGGCCAGACGUUGAACCAGCAUUAGUCAAAUCUCCACCAGAACCAACUCGUGUGAAGUCACCUGAACAGAUACUCAUGCGCUCUCCAGAACCUGUCAACUGGACCGUCCCACUUGACACAGGAAAGACUUUCACUGUCACUCAGAAUGUCCUUGAAGCCUUGCCAAGUAUGAAGUUGUACCGAGGUGAACUGACAAAUCGGCCGUACAGCGAAGUGAAAGCUUGGACUCCUCCCGCUGUUCCCCCACCAGCGCCGCAGUCAGCCCCACCCGAAUUGCUAGAACAGACCUCAGGAUGGAAAUCUCCUGACCCUAUGAUCGCUUCCAUCGUUGGUGGCCUUGAAGCCGUAAAUGGACUUGAAGAGAAGCCUUCCACUUCACCUGCGCAGUUUGAUACAUCAGUAGCUGUAACUGCUCUCCAAGAUCUGGAAGAUUCGUCAGUUGGCAAAGGAGUGUCUAGGCCUGGUUCCGAGACGCUGGAGACACAAUCCGAGAUGGGUGAAGGCAGUAAUGGCGGAGGAGGAGCACAAGGUCAAUACAGAAUUCUUGAGUCCUCCAUUCCCACCCUACCGCAGGAGUCCCCAACGAAACCUCUUCCCUUGGUUUCUCCCUCCUCUGGGCGCUCACUCGCAUCAGAUGUGCUGGAGAAGGCUCGGACAAGGUUUGAUAAAUUCUGGGGGAAGGGUAAGGAUUCAAGUGAUGAAAAGGUAUAGGAACUGUGGCACCUAACACUCUCUUGGCAUGUGUGCCACGUGCUAAAAUUCCAUGUCUUUGAUACUGUGGAAGGCCUGUCAAAGAUACUAGAGUUGCCAUUCCAUAUAUAUUUGCCAGGAUUCUGUAGUUUGAAGCACUGGGCUGGUCCACAUCAUGGAAAUGCACUUCCUCAUGUGCACGCACACAUACUCAUACGCGAGGCCUCUAGGCUGACUUCUGUGGGAAUCUCGGUGGAUAGGGAAAUGCAAGGCGUACGGAAGCAGUAUUGACUUAAGUCACGGGAGGAUAUGAGAGCUUACAACUUGUAAUUAAUUGUCUUUGAUGUGUACACCUUUACUCUUUGAAAAUGCAACCAAGUUCUUAAACUGCCGGCACAGAAUAGGCCAUUUCCGUACAGGGCACGUUGCAUUAUCAGUGAGUAUACUGUUUUAGAAGGCUUUUGAAAAUAUUGUUGCAGCAACUUCGUAUGCCAGGUAACUUGUCGAUAACAGAAUUACAUUUCCUUGCAAGACAGAAAUUUCUGUUGCCUGCUGCUUUUAGUUCUGUAAAGGUCCAAUUUGCUUUCCGUCAUUGAUUUUACCUAAAUUCAUGAUGAAAAAGGGCCCAGAGUCCUGCUUAUUAAAUGCCAGUAAUCGUUGUAUUAGGUGUUUAUAAGAUGACAGAAUUGUGAGAUGCUCCACUUGGACGCAACCCCUCUUGAAAAAAAGUUAGCAUAGUAUAUAAAUAUAUAUACAUAUAAUAUAAAAUAUUAUCUUUGUUGAGGCUGAUGAAUAUGAAGUAUGAAUGAAUUUAAAUGUUUUAUUUCUGUGAAAGAACAAGUUCCUUGCAGCACCAUUUUAAUACUUCAUUUAAUGAAGAUAGAGCACAGCACCAGACCAGAACAUCUCAGGGGCCUGAGGCAUGCUGAAAACUGUUUGCAACUGAAGAACCAGACUGAUGCAAGUUGACUUUUCAGAAUUUUAGUCAUGACUAUUUUCACACUCUCUGCAUCUUUAAAAAUAGGCUUACGUUCUGUUUUAAUUUGCAAUCAGAAACAUGAAGAUUGUCAGGGAUAAAUAUUUUAUUCUUAAUUAGAAUACUUGAUUUUAGAAUUGACACUUUUUCAAUGGAAAUGUGAAGGCUAAGGGACAUAACGCUUACAUUAUAGUUUUAUGGUCAUAGAAAUAAAAAAUUUUAGGUUAGAAGUUUGAGAGAUAAAAUUAAAAGAAUGCCUACGUGAACAUGUGAGAUGGAGGCCGAUGUUUUCUUUGCAUUUUGUUGCUGCUGCUGUAAAAAGGCACGUGGGAAACUUUAUUCUUAAUGCCGUGUCUAGCAAAAUGCAGAAGGAAGGAUGAUUACUUUUAUGUGGUGCAGGAGAAUAGCUUGUUACAUUAUAGCAUGGGACGCUUUUCUGAUGCUCAUUUCAUAUUCUGCCACAGUACAUAUCAAAACUGACAUGUGGAAUAUUUUGCAAUGUACUUUUUCAAAUAAGCAGGGAUAAAAUUCUUCAAAAUAUGCAGUUAGUUUGUCGGUGUCUUUUAAUUUUAUGUUCCGCUCUUACUUUCAGCACUAGCUUUAGUAGUCAUGUGUACUUAAUGAUUUAAUUUCUACAAAUUUUCUUUUUUGUGAUUAGACAUUGUUAUAAAUUAAGAUUUAUGGUUAUUACAACUUUGUUAUUAAUAUAACUAUUAGUUUAUAUGCAUAAUGUUUUGAAGCUAUCUGAAUUGCUGUAAAUGGAACUAACCUAAAUGUUAUUUAACCCAAUAAAUAUAAUUUCACAAUUUACCUGCCCCUCCCCCCCUUCACCACCCACCAUUUUUACAUCUAUAUGACCUGUACAUACUCUGCCAUCUUCUGUCAAAAAUGUGAAGGUAUUUGAAUCUCUGCCCCCAUUUAUGAGGUAUUUUUCUAUUCAAAAAGUGCAUCUUUUUGCUGGCAUUUGGCAGUGUCACAGAAAAAUAGUGUUCUCAAGACAUGGUGAAACUUCGUAAUCUAGCUCAGCAGUGAGUAGAUUAUAUCAGCUAUUUGCCAUGAUCAUAAUAGCAUAUCAGAAUGGGAAUACUGAUGGUCACCCUGGCAGUCCAUGUAGAAUCCUUGGUCAACUCUGUUAUUUUGGAUAGAGAAUGCCUUGCAUUUACAUUCUAGUGAUUUUUAUUGUACUCAAGAACAAUAAAAUGGCAAGAUUACAUUGUUUCCUAUUUGUCUGCCUUGAAGUUCCGAAUUGAAAUACCUGGUUUUUCUCACAGUUUUUUUUCAGUAUUCACUUAUAAAUUUUUCUUGAUAUGUAGGGUUGUCUGAAAAUAGUCACAUUAUGGUCUGAGAUUUAAUUACACAGAAGUGUUUGAUGUAAAAGUUGGCUGUACUUUUACACCAUGUUAUUGUAAGCCAAGAAUGAAAUCUUAGUUCCACAUAAAAAGGUUCGUUUGUGUCCUGUUAGGCACAGAUAUCAUUACCUGGUGAGGUUAUUACUGUCAUCUCUCGGCCAGCCAAAAUUAUAUAUGCUGUUGACAUGCCUAAUACAGUUUAAUUUGUGAAAGAAUGUAUGGUGAAUGUUCUGAAAUCUUUCCAUGUUUUCUCCUCUGUAUCACUUCUGCCUUGUUCACGCCCCCUUCUGAUCUUGGGCUCAGUUGCCAUGAAUACCCGCGCGUCUGCUCCUUCGUUGCCAUAGCUACCAUUGUCCAUACUGUAUGUGGUUGAAUUCUAGUUACAUUUGUCAUAACUUACUUCAUGCUCUAAGAAAAUUAGGUGCAGCUAUGAUGUGGUACAUCAUUGUGUUUGCUUUAAUCACAGCUGCGCUCCACACUGUACAAUCCUCCAUUCUUUCCUUUCUUUGAAACUUUGUCACAUGUUUCUGUUUUUCUGCCAUGUGUAUAAAUAUGGUAGAAAUGCUUGAAGUGAAACAUAUUACAUUAUUUAAAUUUCUAUGUACUGAUUGCUAUAAUUUCAGUCAAUAAACAUACAUGCUAUAAAUCAAAAUUUUGGUUCUCUGACCACUGUGUUUACCGUAAUACCUGAUUCUCAGAUGUGCCCAAGAAAGUUCUACUAAAAGAAAUAAAGCUGU